CAGGACAGCUGGCCUCUGAGAAGUAAGAAAACAGGAUGCCCCCAGGGGUGGACUGCCCCAUGGAGUUCUGGACCAAGGAGGAGAAUCAGAGUGUAGCCGUUGACUUCCUACUGCCCACAGGGGUCUACUUGAACUUCCCUGUGUCCCGUAAUGCCAACCUCAGCACCAUCAAGCAGGUGCUAUGGCACCGUGCCCAGUACGAGCCGCUCUUCCACAUGCUCAGUGACCCCGAGGCCUACGUGUUCACCUGUGUCAACCAGACCGCUGAACAGCAGGAACUGGAGGAUGAGCAGCGGCGGCUCUGCGACGUCCAGCCCUUCCUACCCAUGCUGCGCCUGGUGGCCCGAGAGGGCGACCGUGUGAAGAAACUCAUCAACUCUCAGAUCAGCCUCCUCAUCGGCAAAGGUCUCCAUGAGUUUGACUCCCUGCGCGACCCAGAAGUGAACGACUUCCGAGCCAAGAUGCGCCAGUUCUGUGAGGAGGCGGCCGCCCGCCGCCAGCAGCUGGGCUGGGAGGCCUGGCUGCAGUACAGUUUCCCACUGCAGCUGGAGCCAUCGGCGAGGAGUUGGGGGGCUGGCACCCUGCGGAUCCCUAACAGGGCCCUUCUGGUCAACGUCAAGUUUGAGGGCAGUGAGGAGAGCUUCACCUUCCAGGUGUCCACUAAAGACAUGCCCCUGGCGCUGAUGGCUUGUGCCCUCCGCAAGAAGGCCACCGUGUUCCGGCAGUCCCUGGCAGAGCAGCCCGAGGACUAUGCGCUGCAGGUGAAUGGGAGGCACGAGUACCUGUACGGCAGCUACCCCCUCUGCCAGUUCCAGUAUAUCUGCAGCUGCCUGCACAGUGGACUGACCCCUCACCUGACCAUGGUCCACUCCUCCUCCAUCCUGGCCAUGCGGGACGAGCAGAGCAACCCCACCCCCCAAGUCCAGAAGCCACGCACCAAACCUCCCCCAGUACCCGCAAAGAAGCCUUCCUCUGUGUCCCUGUGGUCCCUGGAGCAGCCAUUCUGCAUUGAGCUAAUCCAGGGCAGCAAAGUGAAUGCUGAUGAGCGGAUGAAGCUGGUGGUGCAGGCCGGGCUCUUUCACGGCAAUGAGAUGCUGUGUAAGACGGUGUCCAGCUCAGAGGUGAGUGUGUGCUCGGAGCCUGUGUGGAAGCAGCGGCUGGAAUUUGACAUCAACAUCUGUGACCUGCCACGCAUGGUCCGGCUCUGCUUUGCACUCUACGCCGUCGUUGAGAAGACCAAGAAGGCUCGCUCCACCAAGAAGAAGUCAAAGAAGGCGGACUGCCCCAUCGCCUGGGCCAACCUCAUGCUGUUCGACUACAAGGAUCAGCUCAAGACUGGGGAGCGCUGCCUGUACAUGUGGCCCUCUGUCCCAGAUGAUAAAGGAGAGCUGCUGAACCCCGUGGGUACUGUACGCAGCAACCCCAACACAGAGAGUGCUGCCGCCCUGGUCAUCUGCUUGCCUGAGGUGGCCCCCCACCCUGUGUACUAUCCUGCCUUGGAGAAGAUCCUGGAGCUGGGGCAUCAUGAGGAGCGUGGCCGCAUCACCGAGGAGGAGCAGCUGCAGUUGCGGGAAAUCCUGGAGCGGCGGGGAUCUGGGGAGCUGUAUGAACAUGAGAAGGACCUGGUGUGGAAGCUGCGGCACGAAGUCCAGGAGCACUUCCCAGAGGCCCUGGCCCGUCUGCUGCUGGUCACCAAGUGGAAUAAGCAUGAGGAUGUGGCCCAGAUGCUCUACCUGCUGUGCUCCUGGCCCGAGCUGCCGGUCCUGAGCGCCCUGGAGCUGCUGGACUUCAGCUUCCCCGACUGCCACGUGGGCUCUUUUGCCAUCAAGUCCCUACGGAAACUGACGGAUGACGAGCUUUUCCAGUACCUGCUACAACUGGUGCAAGUGCUCAAGUAUGAGUCCUACCUGGACUGCGAGCUGACCAAAUUCCUGCUGGACCGGGCCCUGGCCAACCGCAAGAUCGGCCACUUCCUCUUCUGGCACCUCCGUUCUGAGAUGCAUGUGCCAUCUGUGGCCCUACGCUUUGGCCUCCUCAUGGAGGCCUACUGCAGAGGUAGCACCCACCACAUGAAGGUGUUGAUGAAGCAGGGGGAAGCAUUGAGCAAGCUGAAGUCGCUGAACGACUUUGUAAAGGUGAGCUCCCAGAAGACCACCAAGCCCCAGACCAAGGAGCUGAUGCACUUGUGCAUGCGCCAGGAAGCCUAUCUGGAGGCCCUGUCCCACCUGCAGUCCCCGCUUGACCCCAGCACCCUGCUGGAAGAAGUCUGUGUGGAGCAAUGCACCUUCAUGGACUCCAAGAUGAAGCCCCUGUGGAUUAUGUACGGCGGCGAGGAGGCGGGCAGUGCUGGCAGCGUGGGCAUCAUCUUUAAGAACGGGGAUGACCUCCGCCAGGACAUGCUGACUCUACAGAUGAUCCAGCUCAUGGAUGUCCUGUGGAAGCAGGAGGGCCUGGACCUGAGAAUGACCCCCUAUGGCUGCCUCCCCACGGGUGACCGCACAGGCCUCAUCGAGGUGGUGCUCCACUCAGACACCAUUGCCAACAUCCAGCUGAACAAGAGCAACAUGGCAGCCACAGCUGCCUUCAACAAGGAUGCCCUGCUCAACUGGCUCAAGUCCAAGAACCCUGGGGAGGCCCUGGAUCGAGCUAUCGAAGAGUUCACCCUCUCCUGUGCUGGCUACUGUGUGGCCACCUAUGUGCUGGGCAUCGGUGACCGGCACAGUGACAACAUCAUGAUCCGUGAGAGUGGGCAGCUGUUCCACAUUGAUUUUGGCCACUUUCUUGGGAAUUUCAAGACCAAGUUUGGAAUCAACCGUGAGCGAGUCCCUUUCAUUCUCACCUACGACUUUGUCCAUGUCAUUCAGCAAGGGAAGACUAAUAACAGUGAGAAAUUUGAAAGGUUUCGGGGCUACUGUGAAAGAGCCUACACCAUCCUACGGCGCCAUGGGCUCCUCUUCCUCCACCUCUUUGCCCUAAUGCGGGCAGCAGGCCUGCCUGAGCUCAGCUGCUCCAAAGACAUCCAGUACCUCAAGGACUCCCUGGCACUGGGGAAAACAGAGGAGGAGGCACUGAAGCACUUCCGGGUUAAGUUCAAUGAAGCCCUGCGGGAGAGCUGGAAGACUAAAGUGAACUGGCUAGCACACAACGUGUCCAAAGACAACAGGCAGUAGUGGCCCCUUCCUGGCUGCCACACUGGUCCCCUCAACCGUCUGUCCUGUGGACUAGGUGCCCUCAGGCUUCCUAUCAGGGGCCUAAAAGCCUCAACUGCACCUCAUGGGAAAGAACCACACAAUUGCCUUUUGUUUACACUGGUUAUUUAUUUAUGACUACAAAUAUUUUAAGGAACAAAACAGCCAUAAAUGGAAAUGCAACCACGGGGCACGUCCCCACGCAGAGCACUGUGAGUCAGGCACUUGCAGUCUGUACCUUGCUCUCAGCUGGAGGAUUGGAACCCCAAAUCUUCCCUCUGGUGGAUCUCAGCCCAGCAGUGAUCAUUCUUCUCCAGGGGCGCCUUCUUUCUAGGCUUCCACCGGACUGCCUGGAUCUUGGCACCUAGCACUCACCUGAUGCCUCCAACUAGACAGAACACCUCGAUCCUCGGCUCACCUCUGCCACCUGUGUGUGGCCCACCCUGCGUGUCCUCCAUCGAUCAAGUCCUGGGCAGCUCCUGAGGAAGCCAGGAUACCCUCUAGACUCAGGGAUGCUUACUCUUCACUGCUGAAGUGACUCUUGGGUACGGGGACACCGUCACCUCUUUUAUUUGCUGAUAAUAAUAGCCAAACGACUUCCUGAACUUCUGUGGAUGGGGAGGACACCGCCCCCACCAAGUGUAAUCUACAUUGAUCCUUGAGAUGUGUUGAAAAGACUGGAGGGGAUUCAGCUCAUCCUGGUCACAAGCCAAGUGUGGAGUCCUCUGUGCAGUGAUGGAUAAGCUGUCUCUGAAGGAAGUUGCAGUAAAGGGACAGGACCUGAUCCCUCUGAGCUAUCACCUUUGAGAACCUGCUGGGAGUAAUCAGGUGGCAGGAGUGUGGGCAUGAGGGGUGAAUGUCAUCUUUCUCUUUGACAGUACUCAGUUCGAAACGGUCUAGGCCUAGCCUCAGACCUUCAAAAGGGCUGGAUCAGAACAGCUUUACAAGUGCAGGACCUGGGCCUCUCCCAGCCUUCCGAAGCCCACUCUGGUGAUGGGGCUAGGAUCCUGGCCUUUUUAAAGCCCACAGUAGGCUGGGGUACAUAGCUCAGCAGCAUAGAGCUUAACGUGCACACGGGCCCGGGUUCCAUCCCCCCACAAACUAAAGAAAAAAGAAGCCUGUGGUGAACCUGAUGCAUUAGCUGCCAACUCAGGACCCGCCACGCUCUCUGCUGGUCUCUUGGUAUCUGCCACGUUUCAGCAAAACCAGCAGCCGCUGCCCCUCAGCAGCCCAGAUGCAUGGCUUAAAAAGGAGCCCAGUGCCAGCUCACUCUGUUUUGAUGAGCCAGGGGUCCAGCGGCAACUGGUGCCACCACAGAGCAUCUGCUUGGUCCAUGGUGGCCAGUGACCAUGUUCUGGUUCCCAACUAGACGCUGCAGUCCCUCAGCCCCACACCUUCGUGGGAAUAGGAGAAGCGGUGUGUACGUGUGUAUGUCUUGUUAUUUAUUGAAACGAGUCUGGGUGCUUCCCCGGUGCGGGCUGCAGACUUUGCACACCCUUGGCGUUGCUGUGUUGUUGGGUGAACAGUCUGGGUGCCUGGCAAGAGUAUUUUCUAUUUUUUUAAGUCAUUUCACGUUUCUGUAUGAGAAAGGCAAAUUCCGUAAUACUGAGACUGGUCUGUGCAACCCUGACAUGAGAGGUAAAGGCAGGGGGGGAAAUAAAAGCCUUUUUAUGUUCUUACGUUUUGGCUCAGAAAGAAACAAGGGAAUGCUUGUUAGGUUAAAACAAAACAAGACAGAAAACAGACCCCAUUCCAGCUGGAGUUAGAACCAGAAUUUAUUGUAGUGUAUGUACUUUCCGACCUAGCAUCAAUACACACAUCCAGAGGGGACCUGUGUCCCUCUCUGCAUCAGCAUCUUUCCAUUGUCUAAACAGAGCAGCUAUAGGGACAGGACACAGAACAGCAGCCACACAGAACACAGCACAGCUGUCAGUGUCCUCAAAACUAGCAAUGAGAGUCCUAGGACAGUGUUCAAAAUGAUUCCCCCAGGCGUGGAAGUCUAAAGCUUGACAUGUAGUAAAAAGCGAAGUGCUGGAGUUUAAGACGUGACUUUUUUUCCUUUUGCCUAACCAUUGCAGCAGGACUCCUGGCUACUGGGGUAUGGAUUUUUCCUGCUCCCCCAUGACAGGGGGCAUCCUGGCAGGGGCCCUGAGGAGGAAACAGGGUCUGUUUUGGAACAUUCUAGCAGCUUGCCUUCAGGGUCUUAGAUCUCUCAGGCCCAUUAUAAGCUCCAACCCAGGUGGUCAGUUUGCAAAACAGCUGUCAGUCUCCAUGAGCUAGAAAUGCUUUCAUCAGCAGGAAAUGCACGUUUAUUAAGCAUCAGCUACGAGGCUGCACACGAUGAGCCCAGGCUGCUCAGUGCGUGGAGCGAGUGUGUAAAAGAGGCCAGGGAACCAAACAGCCUCAUCCCCAAUACCAAACUAGAAACCGGUAGAAUUCCAAAGACAAGACCGGCCUCCAAACAUGGAACCCUGAUUUGGUCCCAGGAGCAGCACACCAAAGCCUAUGGCCCCCAACCCAUCCGCCCGGCAUGGAGACCCAAGCAAGGGCAGGGCAGGC